AACGCUUACUGUUACUAAGGGACAAGUGCAGACUAGUGUUUACAUCCAAAUUUUUUUUCAAAUAGUAGCAAAGAGCUUCUGAACUUUGAAGAAAUCUUAUUCAACAUUUGUGUGAGUGAUAAGUUGAACAUUUGACGCCUACAAACAGCGAUGGAUAGAAUGGAAGAGAUGAUCAAUGAGCCAGCGCAACGAAACUCGGUCUGCGUCUUUACAAACUUGACCGCAUCGUGAGUGUUGAAACAAAAUUGCUGUUUUAGUUUUCCUCUGUUGAGACGCAAUGAUGCAUAGAGAUUAGGGGCGAGGAGUGGAUGGGAGGGGGGAUUAAAGAGAAAAGGAAAUGUUAAAAGAGUGCUGGCGUAGCGUUGUUGGUCAACUCAUUGUGGACGAUCAAAAAGUAGAAGAUUUCGGGAAACUUUUGUUGUUAUGGUUGCUAGACAAUGUGCCAAACGCCAAAAAACCGUUUAAAAAAUUUGACGCCAACGUCACCAAAGCCAGCCUGACCAAGAAUCCAGUGUUUCUCAAUCAUUGCCGGAUGGUAGGAAUGUACCUCGGCCAAAUGGUCGAACUCCUUGAUAAGCCUGUAGAGCUGGAGAUGUUGACACAUCAGGUAGCUAUCAACCAUCUUUCCAUGAAGCCUAGCGUGGGAACUGCUUACUUCGAUCCAUUCCAAGAAAAGUUCCCCAGGUUUAUGUCAGAAACGCUGCAGAAACCAUUGGAUGAUCCGCUCAUUAAGGCAUGGGACAAGUUCUUAAUGGUCUUGACAGGCAAAGUGAAAAAAUCAGAGAAAAUGAUUGCCAAGUCCCAAAAGUGCGCUAUGUGCUGAGUACACACACCAAUAUCAAGCCAGACAAUAAAUAAUACCUGCACCAUCUGUUACUAUUAAUGUAUCAAUUUAGCUGGCCAGUAUAGAUUUCUUCACCAGACCAGCCUGACCAUAGCAUCUACACUUAUCAUCAGAUUAUGCAGUGGACUGAUUCAGGCACCACUGGAUAAGAAGCCUUUCAAUCCAUUGCUGUGACCACCAAGUAGGAGAAUCAACAAAUGCAUUCAUCUAAUAAAAUCAAUAAAUGAAUAAAUUUUGUAAAAAAGUC